CUUUGCUCACAUGUUAACCCCACAGCACCCUCCCUCCCUCGUGUUAGAUGUCGACGGCAAAUCCUUCAAAUCUUUCAUAUGUACCGUAGUACAAUGUAGAUACGCGGCUUCCACCAUCCGGCCCCCAUUGCUGGUCCCUGCGUUCCGCAGCUCAAGAAGCAAGGAGAGCACAGUGACUAUGGCGGACUCGAGUCACUCGACAAGCGUCUCAAGGCCAGCCAAUGGCGUCAUACGCCGUGCUCGCGAGGUCGGCAGCAGCAGCAGCGGCGGCGGCGGCGGCGGAGGAGGAAGAAGCACUCACGAUUCCUCUGACAAGUCUAGGCUGGCGUUUGGCAAGAGGUAUCGUCAUGUCGAAGCCGUCCACUCGCAGUCGCGGCCGUCGUGCCUGAGCCACGACACUACGGAAGCCCCAAGCUUCCUGGGCUUCCGCAACCUCAUGGUCAUUGUGCUGGUUGCCUGCAAUCUGCGCCUGGUGAUUGAAAAUAUCCAGAAGUACGGCGUCUUGAUCUGCAUCAGAUGCCACGACUUCCGCACCGCCGACGUGCGGCUGGGGCUGGCUCUGUUCUGCCUUAUCCCCUGCCACCUCCUGGUCGCCUAUCUCAUCGAGCUGGUCGCCGCCCGGCACGCCCGCGGUCUAGUCGCAAACGCCCCGAAACGGCCGGCCGACGGCGCGCUCCCCGCCGAUGAGCCGUCCCAAGUGUUCAGCCGCCCUUGGCUGUUGAUAUGGGUCGCCCAUGCGCUCAACAUCACCAGUGCCCUGGCUGUCACCUCGUAUGUGGUCUACUUCCACGUCCACCACCCGCUGAUCGGGACCCUGGUCGAGGUGCACGCCCUCGUCGUCUGGCUCAAGACGGCCUCCUACGCGCUCACGAACCGCGACCUGCGGUUCGCCUACAUCCACCCGGACAUCCGGCCCGACGCGCUGCCCGAGCUGUACCGGCAGUGCCCCUACCCGAGCAACAUCACCUUCUCGAACCUGGCCUACUUCUGGUGGGCCCCGACGCUCGUCUACCAGCCGGCCUACCCGCGGACCGACAGGAUCCGCUGGCUGUUCGUGUUCAAGCGCCUGUUCGAGGUGGUCUGCCUGAGCGCGUUCAUCUGGUUCUGCAGCGCGCAGUAUGCCGCCCCCGUGCUGCGCAACUCGCUCGACAAGAUGGCCUCGCUCGACUACACGUCCAUCCUCGAGCGCCUGCUCAAGCUGUCCACUAUCUCGCUCGUCAUCUGGCUGGCCGGCUUCUUCGCUCUGUUUCAGUCGUUCCUGAACGCCCUGGCUGAGAUCACCCGCUUUGGGGAUCGUGAGUUUUACGAAGCUUGGUGGAACAGCGAAAGCCUGGGCCAGUACUGGCGCACGUGGAACAAGCCCGUGUAUCAGUUCCUCCGCCGCCACGUCUACUCGCCCCUGCGCGCCCGAGGACGGAGCCACAAGACGGCCAGCGCCAUCGUCUUCCUUAUCUCGGCCGCGUUGCACGAGCUCCUCGUCGGCGUGCCCACGCAUAGCAUGAUCGGCAUAGCCUUCCUCGGCAUGGUCCUCCAGCUGCCGCUGAUCCAGCUGACGGCGCGGCUCGGGCGCGCGCGCUCGAACCCGCACCACGCCCGCCUGCUGGGCAACGUCAUCUUCUGGGUCUCGUUCACCAUCUUCGGCCAGCCGCUCGCCGCGCUCAUGUACUUUUACGCCUGGCAGGCCAAGUACGGCAGCGUCAGCCGGUCGCCCCCGACGCCGCCGCCGUCGUGUCCGGCCUGUCCGCCAUGUCCGGCGUCCUGAUGAGGGAGGGCAGGGGGGUUUUGGACGGCUGAUUUUGAGUGGCGUUUUGGAUACGGACUACUACUGGCAUAGGAAAAGGUAAUAUUUCACAUUACUAUAACUACCCGAAUAGUGGUUUGGACAGUGAAGAUCUCUGAAAUAGCUCCCUCUUCAUGCGUGCGUCUCAUCCACCCGGAAGCGGAACAACUGAGCCACUUCGAAGCCCACCACACACAUCCACACAUUUCCAUUUGCAAACCUCACCUACGCAAAGAAGAAGACAGUUUUUCCAUCGCUCGGGCAUCAUCCAAGCUUCAAAGAGGGUGACUAGUCUGAGGUUCUUG